UCGGACGACCAGUCAGAGGAAGGAGUGGGAGAAGGAGGUGGCCUGCUUGUAGUGCGGUUCGCAGAAGUUUUGUAAAAAUUCCUGGGUUGUUUGUGAGACAACAGCAGCACCAGGGCGAUGUCUGUCAAAGACAGCUGCUCGUUAUUCGACUCAUUUUCUACCGGAUGAUCCCGAGCUCCUGUCGCUGUUCCUGUUGUGUUUUUUAGACAGAGAACCAGUUCAUUGGAUGAGUCAGUUUGGGAUUCAGUGUUAAUUGACUAACAGGUUAUUUUUUUAAAAAAUUAUUAUUGGUUUUUGGUUUUGGGAGCUGUGUUUUCAACGUUUAGACUCAACCAGUCGGUGCAAGUUGUGGACGCACGUGUAGUCCGUCCUCCUCCAUCCGGCUCAGGACGCACCGAUCCGUCAGCUCUCUCUAGAUAAAAGUUGGUUUUCUGUUUGGGAUUUCGUUUUAAAAGAGGAAGAGAAAGCUAGAGACAACAUGUCGCUAAGCAGAAGUAUUGAAUUCGAACACUUUGAGGAACGAGAGAAGCCGCACCGGACGCCGAGGACCAACUCAGGCUCCGGGUCUCAGUCCGGCUCCAGAGGAAACGGUCUGGUGCCAAGCCCGGCGCACAGUGCACACUGUAGUUUCUACCGCACACGCACCCUCCAGUCCCUCACGACCGAGAAAAAGGCUCGGAAAGUGCGCUUUUAUCGCAAUGGUGACAAGUAUUUCAAAGGUUUGGUGUAUGCGGUGUCCAACGACCGGUUCAGGUCCCUGGAUGCUCUGCUCAUGGAGCUCACACGGUCCCUGUCGGACAACGUCAACCUUCCUCAAGGAGUCCGGACGUUGUACACGCUGGAUGGGGGCAGGAAGAUCAGCAGCCUGGAUGAGUUAGUGGAGGGUGAGAGUUAUGUGUGUGCCUCCAACGAAGCCUUCCGUCGUGUGGACUACACCAAGAACGUAAACCCCAACUGGUCAGUGGGCAGCAAGACCGGUACAUCACGCUCCCUCUCCUCUCUCUUCCCGCUGAAGAACGAGCUGCAGCGCGAAUCUAAAGACUUCAUCAAACCCAAGCUGGUCACGGUCAUCCGCAGCGGCGUCAAACCCCGCAAGGCCGUUCGGAUACUGCUUAAUAAGAAAACGGCACACUCCUUUGAGCAGGUGCUCACCGACAUCACUGAUGCUAUCAAGUUGGACUCCGGAGCCGUGAGGAGACUGUACACUUUGGAAGGCAAGCAGAUUACCUGCCUGCAGGAAUUCUUCGGGGAUGAUGACGUGUUCAUAGCGUGCGGACCAGAGAAGUACCGUUACGCUCAGGACGACUUUGUGUUGGAUCACAGCGGUAAGGCUUCCACAGCCUUUAUGACUGAAUGCAAAGUGCUAAAGUCAUCGUACAGUCGCUCUGCUACUCCAAACCGGACAGCUAAGAGCCCUGGACCUUCGCGACGCAGCAAGUCUCCUGGUGCAGCAAGACGACCUGUCCACUACUCAACCAGUCAGUCACCAAUCAAGUCCCCAGUAAACGGUAUCUCAACAAGCCAGAGCUCAGCUCCUAAGUCCACCAAGUCCUCCACACCAUCUCCCACCAGCCCCCGGCCCAUCCCCAGUUUUAAGAUCCCUCCGUCACAUCACAUCUCCUCCCCAAAUGUAAAUGGCUCUUUGAACAAUCACCAGGAGCAAACCAAUCAGCUGAGCCCAGAAGAAGUUAAUGGGAACAGAUACUUGCCCGCCUUGAGCAUCUUGGAAAAAUACAAGAUCGGCAAGGUCAUCGGAGACGGCAACUUCGCAGUGGUCAAGGAGUGUGUGGAGAGGUCCACGGGGAAGGAGUUUGCUCUGAAGAUCAUCGACAAGGCCAAGUGCCGUGGAAAGGAGCACCUCAUAGAGAAUGAAGUCGCCGUGCUGCGGAGGGUGAAACAUCCCAACAUCAUCAUGCUGAUUGAGGAGGUGGACACGCCCUCUGAUCUCUACCUGGUUAUGGAGCUGGUGAAGGGAGGGGAUUUAUUUGAUGCCAUCACGUCCUCGGCCAAAUACACAGAGAGAGACGCCAGCAUCAUGGUCUACAACCUCGCUGGGGCCCUGAAGUACCUGCACAGCAUGAACAUCGUGCACAGAGACAUUAAGCCAGAGAACCUGCUGGUGUUUGAGUACCCAGAUGGCACCAAGUCACUGAAACUUGGAGACUUUGGAUUGGCCACAGUGGUGGAGGGACCCUUAUAUACUGUCUGUGGCACUCCUACAUAUGUGGCGCCAGAAAUCAUUGCUGAGUCUGGUUACGGUCUGAAGGUGGAUAUCUGGGCUGCAGGUGUCAUCACCUACAUCCUUCUGUGUGGCUUCCCUCCAUUUAGAAGUGAGAACAACCUGCAAGAGGACCUGUUCGACCAGAUCCUUCUUGGCCGGCUGGACUUCCCGAGUCCUUACUGGGACAACAUUACCGACUCAGCUAAGGAGCUGAUUGGGAAGAUGCUGCAGGUCAACGUCGAGGCUCGAUACACUGCUCUGGACGUCCUGUCACACCCCUGGGUCACGGAUGACGUCGUCUUGGAGAACAACAUGAAGAUGGAGGUGACGGGUAAACUGAAGACGCACUUUAACACUGUGCCAAAGCACAACAACGCCACAGCCGGCGUGUCGGUCAUCAUGAGCACAGCUCUUGAUAAAGAGAUCCUUCGGCUCGCUGCCCGUCGUCGUCCAGAUCCACAAGUGGUGCCAUGCUCGCCAUCGCUAGCUGGCAAGGAACUUCCAUCUGCUCUCCCAGUCGAACCAGCUUCUCCAACCAUACAGGCGUCGUGUGCCAAAGUUCCAGAAUCUACCAGUGUGGCUUCAGCAACCGCCCAGACUGCAGCAGCUGCUGGGCCUGAUGCUAGCAGACCUCCCUGCUCUCAGUCCACCAGUGACAGCCAUGUUUUAGCUGCUGAGGUAGAUCUGCCUCCUCUUCCUCCUGCUGCUGUAAGUUCGCUUCAGUUCUCACCCUCACCCUCUGCUGAAGCUCCUCCCAUCGCUUCGGUGCCUCUCUCCUCCCCUCCCGAGAUAGAAACGUCACCGACUUCCCUCCCAGCCGCCCCUUGUUUACCAACAGAGUCGACCUCCCCCCGUUCUACUCCCUCAACACCCACCUCCCGUCCUUCCCCGUCAUCUCCCACCAAACCCUUUUCUCUCUCCCCCUCUUCUCCCACCAAGCAACCAGCAUCCCCAUCCUCCUCUCCCACAAAGCCAGUGUCCCCCUCUCCCGUCUCCCCCGUCCAGCCCGUCGUAUUCUUCCCACUCUCCUCCCCGACAGAACCGGAACCGUCCUCCCCCUCUCCCAUCCAUCCGACUCUGUUCCCCUCUCCUCCCUCCACGCCUCCCAGAUCCAGCAGCCCUCCCUCCCCCGCUGGCCCUCCUUCCCCCAGCCCUCCACCCGCCGAGGAGCUUAUGGGGUGAAAAGGCCAGUCUGCUCAGCUCCUCUUUCCAUGAACAAAACUGAAAACACCACAUCGAGCAUUUGUUAGUAGCUGUAAACUGAGCCAGGCACUGACUGCUGUAUCCACAUCUACUCCUCUCAUUCUCAUUGUGUGAAAUGGAAGCAUUUUCUUAAGAGCGUCGAUUGUAUAUGUGUUUUUAUUUAUUAUCGGAGGAUGCGGAGAAAGGGAAUAUCACUGUUCUGAGUGGUUUGUCUAUUGAAGUCAUGCAUUUCUGUAUCGCAUAAUGUGAAACCUUCCUCUCAUUUAGCUUUUCACUUCCCUUUUGUAAAUGAUGAUUCAGGACAAACACAUCCAUAUAUCGGAUGUCGGAUCUCAGCAUAUCGGAACUUGCUAGUCUAGCUACCUGUAGUGUAGCCAUCCUGAUGGUGACAGCACAUUUACUCCUUUAUGUGAGUGUUACUGUGAACGGUGGGUGGACAAAAUAAUGCAGUAAGUAAGUUAACACGAUAAACAGCUCCAGUUCUGUGACCUUUUGAUGCCGGUAAAAGUGGUGAUUAUCAGAAACAAAUAGCUGUUAACGUUCAGUUUAAGGGUAUGUCCAAAGUCCUCACAGAAGAAUCUCCCCACUUGGCAGAUAUUUUGGGCUAGAAAGACCACGAUCCUAUUUAAAUGAAAGUGGAGAGAAUAACUGUAAUUUCCACCAGGACAAUAGCGACCAUGCCCAAAACCCAACACUUUUUUGAAUUAUGUAUCUAAUUUUGGCCAAUUUUAGUCCAAUUUCUGCACAUUUUCAAGCUCUAAACUCAAACGGGGUAACCUCAACAGAGCUCAAAUUUGGCCAGGAUGUACACCAGGCAUGGGUGAUAAAAAGGCAUCAAAAUGCUACGCAAAAGUCUGAGGACGUGGAAAUGGUGGCCCCCGGAAUUUCAACAUUUUGUCAUGAAACGUGAAAUGCUGUGUAACUGGUCUGUACUUGCUCCAAUCUGCCUUUCUCCCACAAAUUUCUAAUCAGAUUUCAGAAGUGUAGAGUCUUUUCUUACUAAUAUUUCUAAUGUAUCUGCAUUAAUUAGAAAAUGCCAUUUUUAUCAUUCACCUCCCAAAGCUUUUGGAUUGUGAUCGCUCACAGUAAAACGCAUAAACAUUUCAACCAAAGGCUUACACUGUUUUAUCUCAAGACCCUCUCCAUCAAGUCUUUUACCUUGUUAACUUGUUUAUCUGGUGUUUUCUAUGUGUAGAAAGAUGCAUCAUGAGUGAAAUGAUUGGUCACAAUGACUCAAAAACUAUUUUCUGAAUCACAAAUGUGGCCUUCUGCUGUUCUAACUUGUUAAACAACUUAAAUGCAAUGCUUUGGGAAUCACUCCUCAUGUGGUACGUAGCUGUGAACACGUGCAGGUGUUGAUCAGCCUGCUGCUACUUUAAUACAGUACAAAUGGAAUUAUGUUUGUGAUGCUCAUAUAAUUGAAAAUAUCACAGCAGCGGUGACUCUCUCCAGAAACAGUGUCCCAGUUACUGUGAAUAAUUCACUUACGGCUCAGUUUAAAUUAGAUCUGUGAAUUAUCCAGUACCUGGAUCACAGCCUCGGGAAAAGAAGCGUAACAUUUUCAUUAUCGCGAGCACAAAACACAAUUUAUCUACCUUCACGCCGUUAAAGAGGGUUGGGAGGAGAAAUUUCUCAGAUGAAUAUCUAAAAACCUGUGUAAAUAAACCCAGAUACAAGUGACAAAAAGGUUGUUCUUCCAGGGCGGUUGUCUUUUUGUGUUAUUUUGUUCAUCCGCUGUCACUGACACACAUGCUGACUCUUUCACUCACUGUAUGUUUGUAUUUGGUGUCGACUGUAUCUGUACAUAGUGUGAUGAACCUAAGCUCUCCACCUGAAACUUGAAGGUUUGUAUUUGCUGCUGUGUGUUUGAGCAGCCGUGACCUGCAAAGUCAGAACUGCUGUAUAGAAAAAAAGUAGAUCCAACAGACAUUAAACCAAACUUCACAGCUAUGACUAAAGUAUUGCACAGAAAGGACACAAUUACUACUUGUAGUUUCUCCUGACUCUCCUGUACUUUGGGCUGCAUGAAACUAUACUUCAGAAUAUUCAACUUGUGGUUUUUGGUCUGUUGGAUUUAGAAGCACGAAUGUGUUGUCAAGGUGACGGGUUUGUACCUGAUCACAGCUCAUUGCUUAAUGAUGCCUUUAUCCAAACCAGCUUGGCUGAAAAAUGAUGUCCCAAAUUCUGAUUCCUAAAACUUAAGUUAGAAGUGAUUUGUUUUGUCCUUGUUUUAAACUCUUUAGCUUUUAUCCCAGCUGCUGUUAGUAGAGCCGACUCCUCCAGUGGUUCGACAUGCCCCCCUUUACCUCCUCUGGACUUUUUCUGCUGCAUCAAUACUCUCACACACUCAGAGUCAAGUUGGUCACAAUGUCAUUUAGUUCCUCUUCUGUAUAUGUAGUCAGGUAGAUUUUCAUAUGCUUUGUUUUAGCAGUUUGUAAAGGAAAAUUUGUAUGAAAAGACAGUUUUAAAUGGCUAGAUCAAACAUGUCAAACUGGAGUUUUUAUUAGGCGUAGAGCAGCUGCUUUUAAUGUCCUACUAUUUUGAAACAGUUCAAAAAAAGGGUAAAAAAAUGCAAUAAAGACUUCAAAUCUG